ACAAAAUAAUUAUGUUAUCACACUGGGAUUCUGUGGAUUUACAGUCAUUAGUCGAACGUGUCCUACCAUGGCGUGCAGAACAAGGGUUCGUUUUAGGAUAAUAACUUUCGGUUGUAUCAAAAGAUUUCAAAAGGGACAAAAAGGUACUGUACCGCUGAGAAAUGGAACAGUUUAGUGAGUGACCCAUUUAGAAUUUAAUCAAAAAUUUCAAGGAAAUUACAGUAUCAAAACCCAGAACCUGAAAACAAGGUUAAUGUCAUGGUCUAUGUUUUGGAUGGGUCGGUUUAGUCUCAUACUUUCCUGUGUUCCAUCUUUUCCGUGUCUUGUGUGCUCAUUUUGUCAGCUGCGUCUACCUGUUCUCGUUACCCUCCUCCCUUGUGUUGACCAAUCGUGUCUCGUUUAGGUGUUCCUCAUUGUCUCGUCAAUCUCUGCGUGUUUAACUCCCUGGUUUCCUUCAAUUUGGGUCAGUCUGUUGUUGAUGUCAUUGUUCGUUCGUGCUGGUCUGUCAAAGUUGUCAGUUCCGUUUUGUUUUAGGUUCUAUUUGUUACUUUGCUUAUUAGCUGUUGGACUUUGUAUAGUUUGUGUUUUUAUGGAAUUCGGUAUUUUGUUGCGAUUCCUGGACUCCUGCCUAGCCUCUCCACUUCCUUGCAUUUAGAUCCUCCAUGUUUUUUGCCCUGCCUUCCAUGUCCUCCUGCCCAAACCUUGACAGAUGUGGUUUAAGUCUGAUUACCCAUGCCUCUCAAGUGUGAUUUUUUUUCCCUUGGUUCUUUGUGUCCAACACACACCUCAGCAAGAGAAUUAAAUGACUCAAAGAUACUUGAACUCCUCCACUUGGGACAGGAUCUCAUCCCCGACCCGGAGAGGGCACGCCACCCUUUUCUGACUGAGGACCAUGGUCUCGGAUUUGGAGGUGCUGAUUCUCAACCAAGCUGCUUCACACUCGGCUCUCAGCUGGACAUUCCAGCCCACCUCUGGGGAUCUGCCGGCUCCGCCGCACACUCGCCAGUCUACAGUAGCACCAGGAGACAAAAUGAGAGGACUUGUGGUCUUUAUCUGUGCGGUGUGCUGGGCCAGCGCACAGCACCAGGCCCUGAUCGACUAUUUGGAGCGCCGACUGCUUGCGAUCGAGGACCGCAUCUCCCUGUGGCAUGAACAGGCCACCCGCUACGCCUCAGAGCUGCGGGAACUCAAACAACAGAUGGUUUCUCAGCUUGAGAACCUGGAUAAGGAGAAGGAGACACUCCGCGUGAGCCUAGACAGCAUGGGGACGCGGGUGGACCGGGUGGAGCGUGAACUGGACUACUUGGAGACCCAGAACGGGGCUCCGCCGUGUGUUGAUGUGGACGACAGGCUGGUCGAGCAGCAGGUGACUGAGGUGCAGGAGAAACAGAAGACCAAAUACUUCAAACUCACGGAUUGCAAUGACAUGCUCUCCACCAUAAAGGCCAUGAAGAUCUUGAAGAGAGUUGGCGGCUCCAAGGGAAUGUGGACCAGAGACACAGGCGGGGCCUCGGGGAAGGUCUUCAUCUUUAACGGGACCGAUGAAGACACUAUCUUGGAAUUUUCCACUGUGCCAGACUUCACUCGCUCGCGGGGCCUGUCCGACUCCAGGCAGCUGAAGCUGCCCUCUGCCUGGCGGGGUACGGGGCACGUCGUUUACAGUAACCACGCUUAUAUCGUCAUCCGGGCAGAUGAGAUGAUGCUGGUCAAAUAUGACUUAAAGAACAAGUCUGUAACAGAUAGCGUGGUAUUUCCAGACCAUGAGUACAUCCCAGUAUACAGCCUGAGCCCCGAGACACUAAUGGACCUGGCUGUGGAUGAGGAAGGCCUGUGGGCCAUCUACUCAACACGACAGAAUGAGCAGCACAUCUCUUUGGCUAAAAUAGACACCAGCUCGCUGGGCAUCGAGCAGACGUGGGACACGAGUUGCCCGAGCGAGAACGCAGAGGCGGGCUUCGUCAUCUGCGGCACGCUGUACGUGGUCUACAACACGGAGCAACCCGGCCGCUCGCAUGUGCAGUGCGUUUUCGACGUUAACGACAUGGUGAGCAAUGAGGAUGCGCCGCUGGUUUACUUCCCCAAACGUUACGGCGCCCACGCCAGCCUCAAGUACAACCCCCUGGAGCAGCUGCUCUAUGCCUGGGAUGAUGGCUACCAAAUUCUCUACAAACUUGUCAUGAAAAAGAAACUUGACUUUUAGCACCAAAACACAUAAUCCCCAAACCCAUAUUGUGGUAGCUACAAAGUAGUUUUGACCACAAUGCAUCAUGUGAGUAUACUGGCCAGUGGACUUUGUAUACACUUUUUGUACUAUAUUGCCUUUAUAUUGUACCACAAUGAGUUUACUGAACAUUAAUGAAUGUGUAUUUUCUUCACAUUGUGACCUUUAACUGCUGACAACAUUCCGACCAGAGGGAUUUGGUACUUAUUACUUAGCUUGUAGUGUUCUUUGACAUGUCUGUCAAUUUUUGUCAUGAAUUUGAUUGCUUGUUUUUUUUUUUUAAUGCAUUCCAUUUUAACUCACUCAAUGGAAAAGAGUUACCAGUCAAGUAAAACGUGUCCUUUUGCUGCAGCGGAGAGGGAGUCUAAAUAUCUGCAGCCAUUUCCCAAUUUCCUGCUGGCUUCCACUAAGCUCCUACAUGAGCCGUGCUUUGUUCCGAUGAAAUAUUUCCCUGCUUGUGAUUAGAACGAAUAAUGAGAAAUCCAACUCGGCCUGAUUGAGUUAUAGUUAAUGUUGUAAUAAUGAAAUACAAACACGAGUGCAA